AGAGAAUCUAUAGACUCUUUGUAGCGAAUCUGUGGGGGCCGGCGACAAUCGCCGGCUAUUGGUUUCUUGCGAAAAAUCGACGAUAACUUGUGUUGAAUGUUUUUCCCAAAAGAGAAAUCAAAUGAGUAACCGAGGAGCAAAUCAUAGAUCUAGAGAAGAUAGGAUAAGUAGCUUACCUGAUCAUUUGCUAUGUCAGAUACUCUCUGAUCUUCCUACGAAGAAUGCUGUUACUACUAGCAUUUUGUCCACCAGAUGGAGAAAUAUCUGGCUUUCAAUCCCUAUCUUGGAUAUAGACAUUGUUGAUGUCACUACAUUCGUCACUUUCGCCUCUCGGUUUCUAGAUUUCUCUAAGGAUUCAUGCUUACACAAGCUCAAGCUUUCUUUUGGGAGGGAAGAUGUUGAUAUGUGUACAAUCAAGCCGUGGAUCGAAGACGCAUUUAAGCGUAAAAUCCAACAUCUUGAAGUUGACAGUCGUGUGGAUGAAAUGAUUGAUAUGCUGCAUCUAACCUUUUACUUAUCUGAGACUUUGGUUUCAUUGAGACUUCAUUUUGUGUUGCUGCAUCGUUUCGUGUUUGUGUCUUUACCAUAUCUCAAGGUGAUGCAUUUAGAAGAUAAUAUAUACAAUGAUGAUGAUACUCUGGAGAGCUUGAUCUCAUCCUGCCCGGUUCUUGAAGAUUUAACUGUCGUUAGGAGUGUAGAUGAAACAACCGUUAAGGUUUUACGGGUGCGCUCUCAGUCACUAAAUAGUCUCAAACUCGUUCUUGAUAGUUCCAAGUGUUGGUAUAAUGAUGAUAGUGGCGAUUGGGAAGUUAUCAUUGAUGCUCCUCGGCUCGCGUAUCUGAGUCUUAAAGAUGAUCAGUCAGUGAGUUUUGUGAUAAGCAAUUGGUUCGAUAUUUGGGAACUCGAAGACUCGUUCGAGAGAAGCAAUGUCGGUAAAUUACUCACCGGGCUCUCAAGUGUAAGGGACAUGACUAUAAGUGGAAAAACUUUCAAGAUCAUUUGUCACUACUUGAAGGACGAACCGAUGCCUCAGUAUCGUAACAUGACGUGGUUACAAGCGAAAUUCUAUAUUUGUGAUUUGGAUAUGUUGCCAUGCGUUCUCGAGAGCUGUCCAAAUCUCAAAUCCCUUGUCUUGAAGCUGAAAGGUGUAAUGGAAAAUGAAGAAAUAAUUUUAUCAUCAUCAUCAGUGCCAAAGUGUUUGCAAUCAAGCCUAGAGAAUGUUGAGAUUAUAAGAUACAAAGAUUGGAAUGGAGCAGAGAUAAAACUAUCAAAAUAUUUCUUGGAGAAUUCGCAAGUCCUCAAGGAGUUUAAGCUAUGCAAAGAUUGUUAUAGCGAGGAACAAGAGUCUCUCGUUGUUAGGGAACUCAUGACAUUCCAGAGAUGUUCUAGUGCUUGCGAAGUCAACGUUGUUAGAUUUCAAAGAUGAGGUUUGAUUCCUGGCCAUGCGGAAUUCACAUGACGGCUGCAGGCUUCCAGGACCACGUCAGCUCCGUUUGGACACGACGCUAAUCGGGCCACUUUGGUGGGACCGGACACCUGGGUUAU